AUCGGCACCAAUUCUGACAGAAUCAGAACUGUCAUAAAGUUUUUUAAUGGGAAAGAAUUGAGGAAUCGCAUUUCGAAACUUUAUUUUUUUCAAAAGUUCUCGUCUACUUAAAAUAUGAGUGAUACCCACUUAAACGGUACCAAAAGUAAUGGUACAACUACGACCGAAGUGAAAACUCCUUUUUUGAUUGGCGUUGCUGGUGGCACAGCAAGUGGAAAGUCAACCGUCUGCAAAAGGAUUAUGGAGCAGCUCGGUCAGGCUGACAUGGACCAUGCACAGAGACAGGUUGUCUGCAUCAGCCAGGACAGCUUCUACAGAGACUUAACGCCCGGUGAGAAAGCAAAGGCGGACAAAGGAAUGUUCAAUUUCGAUCAUCCGGACGCAUUCAACGAAAUUAAAAUGUUGAACGUGCUGAGAACCAUUUUGGCUGGCCAAAAAGUUACUAUAGAAUCAUAUGAUUACCGCACCAAUGCACUCUCCGAGAAAACAAUCACCAUCUACCCAGCUGAUGUCGUUUUAUUCGAAGGAAUCCUAGUCUUCUAUUUCCAAUCCAUCAGAGAUCUCUUUCACAUGAAGUUAUUUGUAGACACAGACUCCGACACCAGACUGGCUCGACGGGUACCACGAGACAUAAAAGAGCGUGGAAGGGAUCUGGAUCAUGUGUUGAAUCAAUACAUGACAUUUGUUAAGCCUGCAUUCGAUGAGUUCUGUUCACCGACGAAAAAGUUUGCUGAUGUCAUCAUACCUCGGGGUGCUGAUAAUACAGUUGCUAUUGAGUUGAUUGUGCAGCACAUUCGCGACUUUUUAAAUAAUCGUUGUAAAGGUGACGCCGAUACAAAUACGUCAUUUUUCCUAGACACUACCAAAGAAGGAACUCUACUAACAGCUGGUGUCAGAAGGUUUUCAUCGUUGUGCAAGGACAUUGCAACGGUGCAAAAUAAUUUAUUUUUUGAUGCGUUUUCAAUGAAUCGAAAUAAUCCAAAAAUAUUGGAAGAUUGAUGCAAUGGUGAAAUGCUCAAUAAUGAUUUUUAGGCACGGAAGAAUACUCAAUUUUUAUUAUAUUU